AUGUCGUCCAAGUCUACCAUCUCAUCUAAUACCAUUCAUGGUCUCUGGCGUGUGCGCGACAAAUACUUCGUUUCCUUCAAUUGCAACGUUAUCCCAUUCCAUAACUUCCCCAAUCUAGGCGAAACCAGCAAUGACCACGGGGUAACUAGCUGGCUCAAGGGCACCGAGUUAUACAGCAUCAUGUACCCAACCAAGCUUGACGGCGAAGGUUGGGCCGGCCUGGAAAUCUACACUGAACUGACUGAUGUUCGGGACUACCCAGUCGAAUACAAAAAUCACGAUCAGUGCCGUAUAGCGUUCUGGAAGACGUUGGAGGACCACGAGCUAUUUUUGAAGGACAUGCAGAACACCCUCCGCGGAUAUCUACACAGUCUACCGCAAGCAUCACUCGACCCUGUACUCUUGCAGUACAUCGACUGUCGACCUCAGAUUCCUUCGGAGGUAUCCACUUCAUCCCCAUCUUCAUACUGUGUGCUCUCGCGCUGCAAGAGCGACGCUGUUGGGCUCUGGAGCCUCGUCCGUACCGCCUUCCAUGAACAGUUAACGAUGACGGCCUUCCUGUACUACCUUGCAAGGAAGUUUAGCGAGUACGACUACAAGCACGACACCGGAUUGCAGGAACUCCAGGUCACGACGUUGCUUCAUCAUGCGCUCAGCAACUCGCGUUUGCAAUCCAGGUAUAACGAGUUUCUCAUGUCCCUCCAUGCGUCUUGGGUCUUCAAAUUCAAUACAAUACCGCGGGCAGGCAUACUGGUCAAUCUUUAUGAACUAUCUAGCUUCCAUUUCAAAUGGCUCAUCUCACUCAUCGGCACCCAUCACAACGAAUUCUUUCCUCUUUGGAUCUAUUGCGGCAAAUAUCACAAAUACUUGGGUCAUCUCAAAUGGUUCCCCGCAACCCACCAAAUACCGUCGGACAUGGUUCCGUGGGCCAUCGUGGCCAAGGUGCGCUCUGACGUCUCACGUGAGUCUUGGGGUCCUUCAUCCGGCCGUUGGUUGAGCGGACCAUCCAACGCUCGGGCGGGCCCAUCAAAUGGCGCUCGGGCGGGCCCAUCAUCCCGUGCUCGGGCAGGCCCAUUGUCCAGCGCUCGGGUGGGCCCAUCGUUCAGCGCUCAGGCGGACCCAUCAUCCGGCGGCCCAUCGUCCGGCGGUUGGGCAGAUGGCGGUUGGGCGAACAGCAGUCGGACGGACGGCGCAUCCGGUUGGCCGGACGCAUCAUCCUCGUGGGGAGCAUCUGAGGGGGGAGCGUCUGAGGGAAGGGAGGCUGAGGUUAUCGACUGGGUUAAGGUGGUAGCUCAACUGCCUCCUGCCAAGAUGACAUUGCAUCCGAAGCAUAACACUCAAGGGCAGAAGGACAAUCGCAGACGCCAGCAAAGAAUCCCGACUUCGUACCAGCGCCGGGCUGCCGGACUGUUCGCGGCUGAGAAAAGACGCGAGGAACGCGCCGAAGGUAUUCGCGUGCUCAUCCCUGCCUUGACCUUAGAUGAAGUGCAGAAUCUCACUAAGCAAGUCGUAGAGGAAGGCGGCCAAACUUACCACCCUUGUGGCGAGCUCCCAAUUCCCCAGAUUCGUGCGCAUCACCCUGAUGAGUCGUUCUAUGCGUUCAUGCGCCACCGUCACCGGUAUCGUCAGCUCUUCCUCGUCAAAUACUCAAACGAUCAAAUUGUGGGCCUCAUAUACGACCGGGAGCAGAAGGCUUCAAAUGGGCUUCAACAGAUUCAAGUGUCGAAGGCAGAACACGCCGCCACCCUUUACGAACUGCAUCCCAAUGCGCAGUUAUACGACGGGGUGUAUGAUGAAUGGGAUGUUGCCCCGUGGUUACACCCACACCCUCCAUCGCCGCCCUAUCGGCCUGAGGAAGACACCGACACGGCUGAGGAGGAUGUAGACGAGUACUACUUCAACCAGACGGCUACACCUUCGGACGAAUCCUUCCCUCUGUCGCAAGUUGACCAGCCUGACUAUGGCCGACCGCAUCGUCUCCCUGUUAUGGACACUACCGAGGAUCUGGCCAUACUCCCGGUUUAUCGUCCGGCUCCAUUGUACGCUGCCACUCCUGUACAGGCGCAUAUUGAGGACGACACUGUUGAUCGUGAUCUCGAGUGGGAAUAUUCCCUGUUCCUUCCACCGGCACAUCCUGCUGCUCAGGGCAGCAACCCCAACAAGCUGGGUGAUGACCGAGUCAGUAACCUCAAUGACUUCGGUGACGACCGAGUCAGUGACACCCAGACCCACCACAAUCGACUCGGUGAUGACCGAGACGGUGAUCCUCCAUCAUCGGAACAAUCGUCAUUACCUCAGGCCUCUACGUCAUCUCAUACUCAAGUUCUGGGUGAGGCCACGGUCACGGAGGACCACACAGUAAGCAUCGCUGACCCCAAGAUCGAGGGCAAGGGCAAGGCGAGAGCCGCGGACAACAUCAACGAGAAUUAUAUUGAAGAUGAUGAAAUGUGCGCUGACGAGGAGACCACGCUUCGCCUUACUAUGGCGCAUUCUCUCGGCGACGAGGCAGACUCCAGCCUGAUGGAGGCCCAUGAUGAAGAGGAUGGAAUGAAUACCGCGGAGGAGAUUAUGGUUUGUGUUGCAGUGGCAAAUUCUUUCGAUAAUGCUGCCCCGCCCGCAGUCGACGUUGCAGAUCCCAGCAAUCGUUCGGUGGAAGCCAUCGAGGUGGCAGACGAUGGCAAAGUUUUAGAUGGCAUGGAUGUGGAUGAGUCCGACGUACCCGAGUGGUUACGGUUCAUGAUUGCCCACUAUGGACUUCACCCUGCGACGACCGCCAUCAUCACGCCCCCUAAAAAACGCCAAUCCAGAGCCUUCGGGAUGCAAUGUGGGCGAUAG